GUCCCAUCUUAUCAGCACUUUUCCCCUUUUGGGAUUGUAUUCCCUGUUCACAAUUUGGAGCUAGGCUAGCUCGGAGUUAGAAUGGGGUUGUUUCUGUCUGAAAGAAGUACAGCGAUGACAUCACCAAAGAUGACCUGUAAAAUUACGGGAGCAGAGUUUGGGCAGGUUGGCAGUUGCCAGCUAAGGUUAAGCUACAUAUUAUCCACUUAUAGGAAACACCACUGAGAUUCAUGAGAUGCGCAUUCCUACUUUUCUUGUUACCCAACUAUUUUAUUCUUACUUUAUCUACCUAAUUUACUAGUAUGAUCAUCUUCAAUUAGUCUGACCAAUGCCUCGACUCGAUUCACACGAGUCAUCGUAGCUUUUGAAAAGCUGCAUUUCCGAGCCUCGUUCUAGUUAUUCGAAAUCCAUAUCCCCAUACCAACCUACCCCUUAUAUAUACUUAGGUAUAUAGGUAGCACGCUAUGAAUACCGCUACGGUGUCUAUGGCGGUUACGCCAACCGUCGUAUCGACGUUGUUGUCUCACUACCUCAAUCGCAAACCUCUUCGCGAACGACCAACCGCCCAUCUCUCGUACGACGAGGGCCUACAUCUUAUACGAUCCUUCCUCGAGUUUGCGUCGCACCAUACCGUCGAAGACCUCCAAGCUUUUACCUCGCAGUGGGUGCCUCAUCCGCAAUGGGUCAAAGUCGAUCAGGUCGAAAUCCCCGAGCCGAAACUAGUAGAGGCUGCUGGUUUAUUACAAGAACAACUGGGUCCUGAUGGUAUUAAGAAGGUUGGUGGUAGGAAUUGGUGGCAAUGGCGGAAACCCAACAGCCCUCUCAAGGCGGAAUGGAUCGAGAUGAAAGCCGACUACCAUGCGCGCAAGAAGGCUAGUGAUCCAGGCAAGAGAGUCAUGCUCUACGUUCAUGGAGGUGCCUACUUCUUUGGAAGCGUUGAUGAGCAUCGAUAUCAGAUGCAACGUCAUGCUCGGAAGUUGAAGGCUAGUGUUUUCGCUCCCGAAUAUCGACUAGCUCCUCAAUUCCCCUUCCCAUGUGGCAUUCAGGACUGCCUUGCAGCUUACCUGUAUCUACUCACGAUGCAAGACCCGACAACAAUCAUUUUGGCUGGCGACUCUGCUGGAGGUGGAAUGGUCCUGAGCAUGUUGGUUACUAUGAGGGAUAGAGGCCUUCCUCUGCCUGCCGGUGCUAUACUCAUUAGCCCGUGGGUUGACUUGACGCAUUCUUUCCCAAGUGUCUCUGGCGAUUGUCCUUUAGACUAUAUCCCCAAUUAUGGCUUCCAUCAUAAACCUUCAAAGGCGUGGCCUCCAUUGAAUGCGGAUGAAUAUGCGUUAUUGUCGGAGCAAAUAGCCAAGAAUGCAAAACCAGGCCAAACCAAAUUGAUGAAGCCAGAGUCGGUAGAAAAGAAGAGCCUUCCACAGGAUCUUGCUCAGCUCAACGCAGAAAAGGCUGUGAAUGGCGAUAACCCGGUUGAUAGUCAUUCUGAGACGGCAUUCAUCUCAAUCAACCUGGACGGGAAAGAAAUUAAGCUCAAGGACCAAAUUCAGAUGUAUACUACCAAUGAACUUUUGUCGCAUCCUCUGGUUAGCCCUGUUAUGCAGCCUUCCCUUGGUGGGUUACCACCCCUACUCAUCAUGACGGGCAGUGGAGAAAUCCUGCGAGAUGAACAGAUAUACCUAGCUCAUAAAUGUGCCAAUCCAUCCAAAUACCCCCCACCAGAAUCGGCGAUGAAUGAUGCUGCACGGGAACAAUUGGAACAAUACAAACCAACUGAUGUGCAGCUUCAAGUUUGGGAUGAUUUAUGCCACGUUGCCCCGACUUUGAGUUUUACUCGUCCAGCGAAGUUCAUGUAUCGCUCAGUAGCUCAGUUCGGUGCUUGGGCUUUAGCUCGAGCUCAGAAUACCGAAAUCGAGAUUCUAGAUGAUGAUUCUAUCUCAGUCAUAUCGAGUUCUAGUUCUAGUUCUGAAUCCGACCGCGACCACGCGAAGAAGGCUGUUAAGCAUGUCAGCUCGGACGAAAAUACUAAGGCUGAGGUUGGGAAAGCCGGAGACCCCCUACCACCAUUCAAAAACCACAUGAUUCGUCAACGUGUCGGCCGCCAUGGAUCCAUUUCUUCCUUGGCGCCUGCUACCGACUUGCCUGGUUGCACUAUUGAUCGGAAUGACAUUGGAGUCGUCAAGGAGACUCCAGUACGAAGGUGGCUUGAAGUACGCUCACAGUGGGAUAAACGCUAUGGCAGCAUCCGCGCCAAGAUCCACAAGCGUCGUCUUAAGGAGAUGGCUGCCGGGUAUGUGGGCUUCGACGGCGAGACGCCACCUCCAGCCGCUCUUGCGAGCAGGCGUAAGGCUGGCGAGAGCCUUGCUGAAAAGAAGAAGACCAAGAGCAUGGGCCUCGCUCUGUGGUCACUAUGGGGCUCUAAGCAUGACGAGGAAACCGUAAACCGGGAACAUGAAGCAGAUAAAGCCCCCGAAAUUAGGAUUGCUACUACUGUAGAAGGAGAGGGAGCUGGCGCCCGUUCGCCAUCUGACCUUCAAAAACAGGAGAAUGCAGUCGCCAGGAGAGAACUUAAACACAAUCGAAGCCGGUCGAGGACGAAGAUUGUCAAGGACGAGCAGCAGGUUGCCGAAGAUGACGAUGUGAACGAGAAUACUCCGGUCUCCAUACUCUUGGCUAGGAGGCAACAAAAGGCAAAGCAGAUCGAGCCAUUACCAUCGCCUGGAAGCGCUCUGCUCACACCAGACUAUAUGGCACCCGAGACUGGGGUAACUGGCAAGAGACCCAUUGUCGGUGGAAUUGCUGUGCCUUUCACCCUUAAUAAAGAGGCCGAGACAGCUAGCAUGAUCACCUUGACCUCAGCAAUUGACCAGCCAGAUCGUGUUGCAAGCCCGAGGCCCUUAAGCCCGGAGACUGAGGCAGUAGCGGGAACAAGUGCCGCCGUUGUCGCAGCUACCACUGAGAACGCCAAGGACGAAGUUGUUGACCCUAACUCAUUAAAACGACAGGAACUGGAAGCCGCCGAGAAUGGCGAGGCGAAAGGAGGCAACAGCACAGCGACGACGCCAUUAGCCACUCCAUUCGCUACGCCAAUGAUCACUAUUGAUGGAGCCGCUGGAAACCUAGAACGGCCACCAUUGGAAACGUUCGUCACCGCACGGGACGAUUUACCUACCACCAAGUAAAAUUCUUAUUUCCGGAAGUUGGGGUUUAAGGGGAGACAAGGGACAGCAAUAUACCCAGAUCAUAUCUCAUUUGUUAAAAAGGCCUUGGACAGUGCGUUAUUAUUUAUUUUGUUAUUUUUAUAUUAUAUACCCUCGCUAUUUAGUCACCAGUAAUAGGAUUUAAA